AUGGCAGACCAUCAAUACCAGUUUAAUGUCCAGAUGGGCUGCAGUGGGUGCUCCAGCACCAUUAAGGAAGCUGUGGAAUCCCUCAGCGGUGUGAAGAGCCACUCCAUUUGCUUAGAAGAGCAGACCGUCUCCGUGUCAGCCGACCAUUCUCUCCCCUACGAAAUCGUGUUAGAGGCAAUUAAGGCUAAGGGCAAGAAUGUGCGCAGCGGGAAGGCGGACGGAGUGACUAAGGCUGUCUAA